GAAGAGAAGUUUCCUCUUUAACAAAAGAAGAAAUGACCCAUUAUUUCCUUAUUUUCUUUCAUAUUGUAUUUCUUUUUUCUUCCUGGUGGUCCUGACUGCAGCUUACAGGCAACUUCCCUCUCAACCACCUUUGAAAGCUGACCAUACCUGAUGCCUUAAAAUACCAAUCCCAAACUUCACCAUUCCGUCGAAUUCAUGCAGACUAUUGUUUUUUGUUCCUUUUGAAUAUCAUUCUCUCAACCUGGAUAACAGUUUUUCACUUUCUUUUACAUAGAAGAAAAUCAAAUAGUUCUAGUUUUUUAGUCUUACCAAUUAUAUUGCUAUACUUCAAUGGAGACAUCAUCUGCAAACUCAAACUCUAGCCAAUUUUUUUUUGUUGAUAUGAUCUUGUUGUUUGAUAGUUUGAUACGUUAUGACAGCAUUAAAACUUUUUUCUUAAGUUAUUGGUCUUUCCCACAAUCCCAGCAUGAACAUAGCAGCUCAAAGACAUCAUCAGGUUGGGAGAACAAGCAGAAUUUUGAGUGUUCAAGAAAGGAAGUUUCAUCUACAGAAAAGAAGGAAGAUGAUGGGAGAUUUCAUAGAAAAGAUGUGGAGAAGGUGAUGGGGAAACUGGGACUUUUUUGCAGCCAAGAAAGUGAGGAGCUAAAUAAAUCAUUUGGUUCUGAUGAGCUUUCCAGGCUGUUUGAGGAGGAGCCAAGCUUGGAAGAAGUGAAGCAAGCUUUUGAUGUUUUUGAUGUGAAUAAAGAUGGCUUUAUUGAUGCAGAAGAGUUGCAGAGAGUUCUCCUUAUUUUGGGAUUGAAAGAAGGUUUAAAGCUGGAGAACUGCAACACAAUGAUCAAAACCUUUGAUGAAAAUGGAGAUGGCAGAAUAGAUUUCCAGGAAUUUGUAAAAUUCAUGGAGAACAGUUUUUGCUGAAUCAGUCCUUUUUUUUUUCGUUUGUAUUGGAAAAUUAUAAUAUUAAGAUAUAUAUUUGAUUAUUUUGACCUUUA